AUGUGAGAUAAGCCAAACGUCCACAAUGCUGGUUUGACUGGGAGGCAUCAGUGACAUAACAAUGCAAGUGCCUGGCUGCACCUUGACUUCCACAGACCGAAGAUCCUGAGCAACUGUGGAACUUCACUCCAGCUUUGUUCACUCUACCCAUCUCUCUGGUUAAUCCUCUUUGUACUCUUAGCUUUUUUUUAGGAACCACUGCCAAGCUCAAGGAGAGCAUCUUCCUUAUCACCAUCAUCAUGAAGCACAGGACGGUGAUGAUGUACAUGGAGAUAGGCUGUUUUGUGUCAUGUCUGGCUGGCUGGAUUCUGGUGAGCUCCACCCUGGCUAUAGAGUACUGGACCUGGUCUGAAGUGGGCAGCGUGGUGCUCACCACCGGCAACUACUUCUCUAACCUCUGGAAGGACUGUGUCUCAGACUCAACGGGGGUGUCCGACUGCAAAGAGUACCCCUCCAUGCUGGGACUACCAGUGUUCCUCCACUCAGUAAGGGCUCUGUCCAUCUGUUCUGUCAUCCUUGGGUUCUUCGCUGGAGUCCUCACACUGAUAGGGAUGAAGUGCACCAAGAUUGGAGGGUCAGAGCUCACCAACGCACGUGUCACCUUCGCCGGAGGAAUCACCUAUCUGGCGUCUGGAUUUGCUGGCCUGAUUGUGUACUCCUGGUGGGGUAACAAAGUAAGAUCAGAGUUUGUGGAUCCCAAUUUCAAGGCACAGAAAUUUGAAAUUGGAGCAGCGGUUUUUAUUGGCUGGGGAGGCUCGAUCUUGCUCAUCACCGGAGGUUUCGUACUCAGUUUCUUCUCUGGAAAGGAGGGUCUACGCUCAACAUCAAAGAAAAGGCCCCGCAGACCUAACUCCUAUGCCACAGCUCGGACCAGACGCACAUACAUGAUGCCAAACUCUUCCAGAGUGACUCCAAUGCCACAAUUGGUCCAAGGGAGCAGAGGUGGCAGAAAGAUCAGGACAACAAGGACCACUGGGACGUAUAGCAGGGACGAUUUUGUUUGAGCUGCAGUAGCUCCUGUACCGCAGGAAAUACACUGCUUCAUAUCAUUGGUCGUUAGUUACCAUGAAAACAUUGUGAGAACUGAAUCAAUUUGGUAACUGUCUCACCACCUACACCUUAUGUAUGAAUGUUUUACUGACAUAUAACUGUGUUCCUUUUGUGGACUGAAUUGACAUCAAGAAAAGGGAUGAAUGAUUCCAUUUGAUACAAAAAUAAAUAUUUAUUGCUAGCAUGUAUAAAUAUUUUAGAUACAAAAACACAUUUUCUUUUCUUUCAUGGGAAACACAAAUGUCUUGUAAAUUGUUUUGACACAAAUCAUACAGGUACCUCACAUGAAGUGCAAUAUCACAUUUCAUAAAACCUCUAAGUUGACAAUUCACUAUAGCUAAUAUAUCAUCUGUAUAUAAAAUAAAAACACUGAAAACUG